AUGGCCAACCCGGACGAACUGGCAGUUUCGAGUGACCCCACGAGCGAGAAGACGGGCGCCGUUGAUGACAGCGUGGUUGAAGCAAAGUCGCGCCUGCGCAUCGAUGAUGAGGCCGGUGAUUUGGCCACUCAAGCGCUGACGAGCGGCCCGCUUGACCCAGAGAUGUCCAAGAAGGUGCUGCGAAAGAUUGACAUGUACAUCCUGCCGUUUCUGUGCAUUACCUACGCCCUGCAAUUCAUCGACAAGACAUCGCUGAGCUACUCGUCUGUCUACGGCAUCAUCGACGACAACAACCUCAAGGGACAAGAGUACUCGUGGGCGAGCAGCAUCUUCUACUUUGGCUACCUCAUUGCCGAAUACCCCGGCGUAGCCAUCAUACAACGCUUCCCCAUCGCCAAGUUCCUCGGCGCCAACAUCAUCCUGUGGGCUGCCAUCCUGAUGCUCACAGCUACGUGCUCCUCCUUCGCCGGCCUCGCCACAGUGCGUUUCUUCCUCGGCGUGACCGAAGCCACCAUUUCCCCCGGCUUCGUCGCCAUCACAGGAAUGUGGUGGACGCGUCAGGAGCAAGCCGCCCGCUCCGCCCUCUGGAUCUCCUUCCUGGGCAUCGGCUCCCUCCUCGGCGGCCUCAUCGCCUUCGGCAUCGGCCACAUCGACACCAGCGGCUCGUCCGCCCUCGCCUCCUGGCAGUACAUCUUCCUCAUCCUCGGCGCCGCCACCAUCCUCUGGGGCAUCCUCUUCCUCGUCACCGUCCCCGACUCGCCCGGCACGACGCGCUGGCUCUCGCCCCCCGAGCGCGUCGCCGCCGUCCAGCGCGUCGCCGCCAACAAAACCGGCACCAAGACGCGCACCUUCUCGCGCGCCCAAGUCGCCGAGGCGGCCACGGACCCCAAGAUCCUCCUCCUCGGCCUCAUCUCCUUCGUCAACGCGCUCGCGUCGGGCGGCCUCGCCUUCGGCUCGCUCAUCAUCCAAGGCUUCGGCUUCACGCCGCUGCAGACGACGCUCAUGAACAUGCCGCUCGCCGCGGUGCAGACGGCGGCGCAGCUGUCGGCCGGCGCGUGCUCGGCCCGCCUCGCUGGCUCCCGGCUGUACGUCGCGUCGCUCGCCAUGGCGCCGCCCAUCGUCGGCACCUGUCUGAUCAACCAGCUCCCCGAGGCGAGCCGCUGGGGCCGCCUCGUCGGCCUGUGGCUGCUCGGGUCGUAUCCCGUCGGCUUCCUGGUGCUGCUGGGCCUGCUGGCGACCAACGUCGCGGGCAGCACCAAGCGCAGCGUCGCGAGCGGCUGGGUCUUCGUGUGCUACUGCGUCGGGCAGAUCGCCGGGCCGCAGUUCUUCAAGGCGGCCGAGGCGCCGGCGUACAAGAGCGGGAUCGUGGCGAUGCUGUGCGGGUUCUGCUUGAACUUGGUGUUGAAUCUGGUGUUGCGGUGGUUGUAUGUGCGGGAGAAUGAGAGGAGGGAUGGGCUGCUGGUGGGGAAGAGCGAGGGCGAGAUUGCGGCGAUGGAGGAGGAGAGCAGGGUGCAGGGAUUUGAAGACGUGACGGAUGGGGAGAACGUCAUGUUUCGGUAUGUGCUGUAG